AUUUCUGUCUCGGAACGUCUCGAUCUAGUCUCGUUCCCGAUUUUAUUACGCUGUUGCAGAAUUAAACUAAAAUACUUUCCGAUUCAGUGCACCCCACGGAUUAGUGUAUAAUUUAGAAGUAAACUCUUCGCAUUGAGUUUUGUUUGAUAUCAUUUUUAGUGUACAAUGAAAUAGUGGUUAGUGGCACGUAAAGUUUUUUAUUUUAGUUUCCAAUUUUUCUUGUCAAUUCCUGGCGUAUGAAAUCAUCGAAAUAAUGUCGAGGGAUAUUCGUUCAUUUUUCUCCGCUGGAGCUAAAACCAAAAAACCGGAGGCACCCAAACCCUCCGUCACAUCGGAAUCAACUAAGCGGAAGGCAAUCGUGUACAGUGAUGACGAACAAGAGGACAGUCGUAAAAUAUCAUCCACUUCUGCGCUGGCUUCCGCUUCGUCCUCGAAAACUAGCACUCAUCACAAGAAACGACGUGUGAUCGAUUCCGAUGAUGAGGAUAAAAGUCCGACGAAGUCGGACAGGAAAUCGGCUGGAUCGGCCAGCAGUCAGCCAAAACUUAAACCCGUGAGUGCGGCUGACGUUUUCAGCUCGGCACCGGUGAAACGUACCGAAGUUCCUAGGCCUAGUAAAAAAGCGAUCAAAGAGGAAAUUGAGAUACAUUCGGAUGAAGAGUUUGAGAAAACUCUGGCUGGGCUGGACGAUAGUGGGGUGAUACCGGAAACACCCACUGCAAAGAAACGGCGAUCCGGUGAUAAAACGAGUCCCACCAAAAAGGUGAUUAAAGAGGAACGAAAGACUAAUGGGCACGGUCAUCAUCACGAGCAGCAGCAGCAACAUAAGAAAGUUAAGGAAGAGAAGAAAACAUCGCCCGAGAAGGUUAAGGAGGAAAAGAAGAAAAGUGUUACCCCGGACAAGAGGGAGUCAAAGUCAAAGGAGGGUUCUACUCCUAGGGAUAAGAAACCAGUGGUUAAGAAAGAGUCCAGUACUGAAGAGGGGACCACUCCGAAAGGAUCGAAAAAGAGUCUCAACGAUUCGGUUGUUUUGACGGAUGAAGAGCGAUUCGAGCGCAAGCGAGCUUCAGCCAUGCUUUAUCAAAAGUUUAAAAAUCGCGGGGGUCCGGCUGCGCCGGGUAGUAAGGAAAUUCCGAAAGGUACACCCGACUGUCUUGCUGGAUUACAGUUCGUCGUGACCGGUGUGCUAGAAUCGAUGGAACGAGACGAGUGUGCCCAAGUCAUUAAAGACUUCGGUGGCAAGGUGGUUAGCGCGGUGACGAAAAAAGUGACCCAUAUGGUUGUCGGCGAGGAAGCCGGUCCAUCGAAACUGUCCAAAGCGGAGGAAUUUGGCAUACCUCAACUGUCCGAGGAUGCUUUGCUGGAUUUAAUUCGAGAGAAGUCUGGUCUUCCCUCGAAAGUAAGCUCGACUCCGAAGGAAAAGGUUAAAGUUAAGGAAGAAAAGUCCCCUUCAAAAGAGAAGAAACGCAAAAAGACGGAGGAACUUGAACUGAAGAAAAAGACCCCGGAAAAGAAGCACGCAGAAUCCAGUGAUUCUCGUCCUAAAUUAGCGAAAAUCCCAAAGAUUGAAAAAUCUUCUCCGGAAAAGUUAAAGAAAAAGGAAUCUCCAAUCAAAAAGCAGAGCUCGUCGGAAACUCAUUCCUCGGUAAAACGAGAAGAAACCACCUACCAAAAGGAUAUUCAAAGCACGGACAACAUGGCCUGGGUGGACAAAUACAAACCAACAUCGGUGAAGCAAAUAAUUGGCCAAUCCGGUGCUGCCAGCAACGUUCAGAAGCUGAUAACCUGGCUGUCGAAGUGGCACUCGAAUCGGGGUAAGAAACUGGCUCGUCCAAGUCUGUGGGCCAAGAACGAUGACGGCGGUUUCUUCAAGGCGGCUCUGCUUUCCGGUCCGCCCGGGGUUGGCAAAACCACGACGGCAACGCUGGUCUGUCAGGAGCUGGGCUUCGAUGCGGUUGAGUUCAAUGCUUCGGACACGCGCAGCAAAAAGCUACUGAAGGAAGAGGUUUCGGAACUGCUGAGCAACAAGUCCCUGUUCGGGUAUUUUAGCGGCGGUGGCAAGGGCGAUAAAGUUACCCACAAGCACGUACUUGUGAUGGAUGAAGUGGACGGAAUGGCUGGUAAUGAGGAUCGUGGUGGAAUCCAGGAACUAAUUGCGUUGAUUAAGGACAGUCAUGUGCCGAUUAUUUGCAUGUGUAACGACCGGAACCAUCAGAAGAUGCGAUCGCUGGUCAACUAUUGUUACGAUCUUAAGUUUAAUAAGCCGAGGGUUGAGCAAAUUAAGGGCGCCAUGAUGUCGGUUUGCUUCAAAGAGGGUCUCAAGCUGGCCCCCGGGGCGCUGGAGGAAAUUAUCGCAGGCACCGGAGGUGACGUGCGCCAGACGUUGAAUCAUCUCGCACUGUAUAGUGCGAGCAAAGCCACCGGCACUAGUUUAAGUCUCGAUAAAGCCAAACAGGGCGCGCAAUCUGCUCGGAAAGACGUAAAGAUGGGACCGUGGGACGUAAUCCGUAAAGUUUUCUCAGCCGAAGAGCACAAGGGCAUGUCAAUCAACGACAAAUCGGAUCUGUUCUUUCACGAUUACAGUUUGGCCCCUCUGUUUGUGCAGGAAAAUUAUUUGAAAGUUACUCCGAAGGCACCGAAGCCGAAACACAUGGAUCUGAUAGCCCUGACGGCGGAUAGUUUGAGCCGAGGCGAUAUGGUUGACCGCAGAAUCCGUUCCAGCAUGGCAUGGUCCUUGCUACCGCUACAGGCAAUGUACAGUUCUGUACUACCAGGCGAGUACAUGGAAGGCUCUUUCAGUGGUCAAAUUAAUUUCCCCGGUUGGUUGGGAAAGAAUUCGAAGGCUUCCAAGCGUAAGCGACUGGCACAGGAGAUACACGACCACACUCGGAUCAGCACCUCCGGAUCCAGGCUUUCCGUUCGACUGGAUUACGCUCCAUUUUUGUUGGAAUCAAUUGUUCGUCCGCUGAAACAAAAGGGAUCGGACGGUGUGAGUGAAUCACUUACAGUCCUCAGAGAGUACCACCUGCUGAGGGAAGAUCUGGAAUCGCUGGUCGAACUGACCACCUGGCCAAAGAAGAAAAACCCAAUGGAUGGAGUGGAUGGUAAGGUAAAGGCUGCCCUAACCAGAACGUACAACAAGGAAGUCGCCCCGUAUUCCUACUCGGUGAUGAACGCGGUUAAGAAAAAGAAAGCGGAAGCAGCAGCUGAUGAGACUGCUGAAAUGUACGGUGAUGAGGAGGAGGGUGAAAAUGCGCCAGUGGAUUCCGACGAGGAAAAGGAAGAUGACGAUCUGGAGAAUAAUGCUUUCAUCAAGGUAAAAAAGAAGCCCGCCGGAGCGUCAGCUUCGUCAGCUGCUGGAAGUAGUAAAGCUGGCGGUUCCAAGGCAAAGCCAGCUGGUUCUUCUAAAGGGAAGAAAAAGUAAGUAGGAUGGGUCGUCGUUUCAAAUUGGUUUUUGUUUCCGUUAGUGAAACCAUUUUUGUGUUUAUUUAUCAAUCAUUGGAAUUGUAAUAAAAUUACACUACGAGAUUGUUCUUUGUAACAGAGCAUAUCGCAUAUUAUUUUUUACAUUUUAUUUGGAAAGUAGCAAGGUUGUGAAAUCUACAUAAACCGGGUUUGAAUGAGCUGCGCUUACAGUUCGCCGGUACAGGCGGAACCAUUAGACCAUAAACUUUGCUCGAAACAUCGAAUUCUUCGACUACUCAAGUUUGCUGACGUAUUUAAGCUUCCCAGA